UAAGAAGCUAGUACACAGUAUAAUACCUUACCUUAUAUAAACUCUUCCCGAGCGAGCAUCGACCCUGCCACUUCGUCCAAUCCAUGAGACGGCCUUGGGCCGACUAAUUGCCACCUUGACCCGGCAGGUCGAGGAGGGCGUGAUUGUUGUCUGCGCACCUGCAUGUAGCAGCAGAGCCAUUGGUAGCUUCUCAACUACGCCAUCCAUUUCAAACCGCCGGACUUGGGCGCUGGCGCCUAGGUGAAGUCGCUCUGAUGACCAGACCUGAACCCACAAGUGCGCAAAUAGCGCGAGCCGACGUUGUUGCUGCUAUGAACCGGCUGAACGAACUUUACGACCUUGCACUCGAAAUCCCGACUCGGAGCCCAUCUCCUAAACCUAGAAAAGGCAAACAUCUCGAUUACUCGGAUGCAAUAUACGACAAACUACAAUUACUCCACUGCCAAGGUAGCAUCGAGAGUGCCCUGAACAAAUUCGAUAUCUGCAUCAAACGCAAGAAUCGGUUAGAACGUAGCCAGGACCAUGAUCGCGAGUUACUGCAAGAUGUUCUACAUCGGCGCUACAGUCCAGAGCUAGCCGAAUCGAAAAAACAUCCCCAUAGUCGCCAGUAUAAACGACUAUCAAACGACGAGGAGGAGGAAGACAUCUCCCCCAAGCGCUACAGGAAAACGCAGCUGCACAAACUUGAUGUCGUGCAAACGCGUGCUCUAGCGAAGCCGGGACCAGGAAGAGGGCCACGACCCAGAACAUUGACAACAAGACAGUCUGAUGAGCAUGAUGAAUCAGCCAAUACGAGUCGUACAUCUAUUGCGCCUUCUAUCUUCUCCGAGGGCGAGGACCUUGGUGCGACUCAGACAACCGUCGAAGCGUCUUCACAGGAAUUUAAGCAUGUAUUGAGACCCAGUUCAAAGGCUCAUCUCAAGAGAGAGCCAGCUGACUUUGACUUCGAGCCCAACUCUGAUGAGGUCUUGGCCUUUGAAGAGGCCCAUGAUAAGUCCGAUAAAGGCCAUGCAAGGAAGACCUCCAGUGAUAUCUUUUCGAGCUUCCCAGAAAAUCUAGUUUCGGACCCAAGUAAAUCAGAGCAAAGGCCCAACAUCGCCCAACGCGCCCUCCAAGAUCGCCUCGACCUGGUUUGGCCUCAUCUACCGCAAUGGCUUCAUUACGCUCCACUUGCAAUUGCCUGGGAAGUGACGCGCAUUGCAUUACACUGCAAUGUUGAUCUUGACGACGUCAAAGGCCUGGGUUAUGAUCAAAACUGGGACAAUCCCAAAACGCUGCGAUCCAUCUUGUACAAACACCCCCUAUUUCAAGGAAAGACCUUUCCAGAGCAGUGUUCUGUGGAUGCUUGGAAUGCUUCAGUGAAGGAUUUUGAUAAAGUCGUUCUCGUUGCCGAACUGGAUCUCAACCCAGCCCCAACUGGGGCCUUCUUUUUGUUGAAGCUCAAGGCAUUGACAAUAGAACAGUCUCACCGUCUAAGUAGACGCUUCGGCGAAGAUCGUUUUCUCGAGAUCUUGUACCCGUCGCACGCCUCCUCAUCCAUCAAGGAUCCCGAAUUGCUGCCAACCUUGAACAACUGGUUAUGUCAUGGCAGGCACAGUUUUGUGGGCCGUAAAUGGGCAGCCUUUUUCACAAAGGAUGCCGGGUACAGACGCCCUGCCAGAGAAGUCCGCCUGGGACCCGACCCGAAGCCGGUUUUUAAGGACCGCAUUUACUUUUUUGCCGAGGAUGGGAAUCGCUUUCAGUCACACCAACAUGCUCUAAAUACGUCGUUUUCUCGCAAUCCCCUGAUCCGGACGGCUCUCUCAGUCCACAGCAUGCUAAAUUGGCUUUUGCAACUCGAUCUGGAUCAAAAUCAGCGCCAGCCAUGGCCCAAGUUGUUUUCCCGUAUACAACUAGGCCUAAGCAGAACCCAUCCUACUGUGGUUUUUGAACCGUCAGAGAUCCACUCUGAAGAGAAUGAUAUCAUGUCCCAAACUGGCAACGUCAUGAAUGACGGUAUUGGUCUGAUGUCCCUGAGUGUUGCUCGCGAAAUCCAACAAAUUUUGGGGAUUCAAGACUUACCCUGUGCCGUACAAGGUAGACUUGGAAGUGCCAAAGGCAUGUGGAUUAUCGAUCCGUUUGACCGGUCCAAUAAGAGGUGGAUUAAAACCUACCCUUCGCAGCGGAAAUGGAAGUGCACGUCUUCGGACCCCCAUCACCGCACGCUGGAGAUCAAAACGCAUGCAAAACCGCUUCGGUCCGCCAGUCUGAAUCUCCAAUUUUUGCCAGUCCUUCACGAUCGCAGUAAACAUAAGCAUGGGAUGCGGGAUUCCAUUGGCGACCUACUCCGUACGAGUCUCCGCACUGAAUUGGAAAGCCUGCAGGUUGCUCUCAAUUCACCACAACAGUUUCUCCAAUGGGUCCACGAGAACUCCAAUCAUCGUCAGGGCCUAGGUAACACCUCGUUCGAAAUCCCUCGCCUUGGCGGCUUGCCCGAGCGUGACGAGGAUAUCAUGGCUGAGAUGGUCCGCGCUGGUUUUGAUCCCAGAGAAACGAAAUUCCUCCAGGACAUUGCCUGGAACAUCCAAAAACAAAAAUGUGAAACUCUCAGAGAGAAGCUCAACAUUAAAGUUGGAAUGUCGACUUACGCUUUAAUGGUAGUCGACUUUUGGGGAGUUGUACCCGAGGGCGAGGUCCACCUGUGCUUUUCUGAGAAAUUCACCUGCGAUGGCUUUUCCGAUACUUUGCUCAACGACCAAGAAGUUUUGGUUGCUCGAUCGCCAGCACAUUACAUCAGCGAUAUCCAAAAGGUUAAAGCAGUGUUUAGGCCUGAGUUAAAGGAUCUCAAGGAUGUUAUCGUCUUCUCCCGAAAUGGGAACGUCGCGCUUGCAGACAAGUUGUCAGGAGGCGAUUACGACGGCGAUAUCGCCUGGGUUUGCUGGGAUCGUAAAAUCGUUGACAAUUUUGAGAAUGCCGCAGUGCCCAAUCCUCCGGAUCUAUUCCAACGGGGAUAUCUUAGUAAGAUCCCAGGAAGUAUGUCAGAUCUGGUACGAGACUUGGGGCUGGAAAGAGGUACAGGGGAGAUGAUCGCGAGGGGCUUUGAGUUCAACAUGCGGCAGAACUUUUUAGGCAUUUGCACCAACUUCAAGGAAAAGCUUUGCUACAAACGCAAGAACGUCAACGACUCCGUGGCUAUUUUACUGAGCACCCUGGUGAGCAACUUAGUUGACCAGGGCAAACAAGGCAUCGUGUUUGAUGCAGCAACAUGGCGACGACUUCAAGCGGAGCUCCAUCCCGGGCCUGGUUCUCUAGAACUCCCACUAUACAAGGAGAAUAGCUGGCGAGGGACCAGGACCCCAGAGCACAUAAUUGAUCACUUGAAGUUCACAGUGGCCAAACCACUAAUCGACAAGGAGUUGGGAGAUUUUAACAAAUCGCUUCAAAAUAAGUCGGGUGGAAAAGCGCAUCACUGGGACAAGGAGUUGGUGAAGGUAUGCGAAUACUGGUACGAGCAGAAACCGUCUAAUUCAUUAAGCAAGCUUCUUGGAGCACUCAAAUCAGACAUCAACACUGUGGCGGUACUUUGGAAGAAGGUGAUGGCGGGGGCCCGGGACGGCGAUCGGUCAAGAAACGAAUACCGAAGGAGGAUUAACCAGGUAUACGACGCCUGGCUUGAUAUCAAGCCCGCAGUUCACUUACACAGGUCUCUGCCGGGCUCCAAAACGGUCGCGGCGCUGGUACAAUCGUACUUGCAUCCGGAACAGACGAAUUGGGCUCUUCUGAAAGCUUCCAUGGCGUUCAAGUACCACGUGGAAAAGAACUCGUCUUUCGUGUGGAAAAUCGCGGGUGCGCAGUUGAUGUUGAUCAAAGCAACGGCCGGGGGCCGACAACUGGCUCCCGUCACCCAAGGGAUGAUUCCCUUCCUCAGGCCGGACAAGAAGAUGAUUGAUCGGUUCACCACCGUGAAGGAGGGCACCGAAUCGCUUUAUGAGAGUGGCAAUGCCGGGACGGACUAUGGCGAGGACGAUUUAUUCGAGGGAGCAUUUUCUGAUUGA